AUGGCCGACUUCGUCAAGCUCUCCAUUUUCGGAACCGUGUUCGAGGUCACCACUCGCUAUGUUGACUUGCAACCCGUCGGCAUGGGUGCUUUCGGUCUCGUCUGCUCUGCAAACGACCAGCUUACCAACACCUCGGUCGCGAUCAAGAAGAUCAUGAAGCCUUUCUCCACACCUGUCCUCUCCAAGCGUACCUACCGAGAGCUCAAGCUGCUCAAGCACAUUCGCCACGAGAACAUUAUCAGCCUCAGCGACAUUUUUAUCUCGCCUCUUGAAGAUAUUUACUUUGUCACUGAGCUCCUCGGCACCGAUCUUCAUCGACUUCUCACCAGCCGCCCUCUCGAGAAGCAGUUCAUCCAGUACUUCUUGUACCAGAUUCUCCGAGGUCUCAAGUAUGUCCACUCGGCGGGCGUGGUCCACCGUGACCUGAAGCCAAGCAACAUCCUCGUCAACGAAAACUGCGACUUGAAGAUCUGCGAUUUCGGUCUGGCCCGCAUUCAAGAUCCUCAGAUGACCGGUUACGUCAGCACAAGAUACUACCGUGCUCCCGAGAUCAUGCUCACGUGGCAGAAGUACGACGUGGCCGUCGAUGUGUGGAGUGCAGGAUGCAUCUUCGCCGAGAUGCUCGAAGGCAAGCCGCUCUUCCCCGGCAAGGACCAUGUCAACCAAUUUUCCAUCAUCACCGAGCUGCUCGGUACGCCACCAGACGAGGUCAUCAAGACCAUCUGCUCCGAGAACACGCUCCGAUUCGUCCAGUCGUUGCCCAAGCGCGAGCGAGUUCCCUUCUCACAAAAGUUCAAGAAUGCCGACCCAAUGGCGUUGGACUUGCUCGAAAAGAUGCUGGUCUUCGAUCCCAGGACACGUAUCAGCGCCGCCGAGGCUUUAGCGCAUCCCUAUCUGGCUCCCUACCACGACCCUACCGACGAGCCUGAGGCUGAGGAGGCAUUCGACUGGUCGUUCAACGAUGCUGACUUGCCCGUCGACACAUGGAAGGUUAUGAUGUACUCGGAGAUUCUCGACUUCCACAACAUCGACAACUCCGGUCAGGACGAGGGUCCCGUGCCACCCGUCAACAACUAA